UGUCAGCAUGCAUUAAAAUUGGAUCUUGCCAGUCACGGAAAACCUUUGAAUACGUACAAUCCAGAAAGUCAGUUUAUACAAGACCUUCGAGAGAAAGAAGUCCCUGGUAUGAAGGGUGUAGUAUCGUCAUCUGAAGGAUUACACACCAAACUACGUCAAGCUGCUCAACGGAAUAAUGGAUUAACAAAAGAACGCAAACAGUUGAUUAAAAUGGGAAAUAAGCUGAGAGCUGAAUUGUUGAAAUAUAAAGGAGGGAAAAAAUCGCCUUCAAUUGAGGCAAGUCAAUCAUCCAAAGAUCCGCAGAAUGUGGCGCAAACAUCCCGAUCCCAACUACGGGGUUUGGAACAGUUGCAAUAUGAACUAACAAGCAAAGAACUGCAGUAUGCACAGAGAACACUAGCGAGGAAUAAUGAUCAGCAUUCGCUAUCUCCUCGGAAAAAGAAUUCCGCGUCGGCCCAAAAACUUCAAAAACACUCUUCAAACACGGAACUCGCAGAAAAAGCAGGCCUACCGGAAUCGUCUACUGUUCGUGACGACAUCGUCUCGUUAUGGAAACCUUCGUUCUCAUCAGACGACCGCGCGUCGUUACAAGAUGUCUGGAAACUACUAGACGAGGACAGUCCUGGAUUAACCCAUCGCGGGGACGAAGUCAGCAAGUCUCAGCUUCGGGAAAGUUUCUCAACUACGGACAGUUUCACGGUCAAAGGUCAGCCUAGUCACGUGCAUCUCAAGCCAGAGUGUUCCAAGGCUGCGCUGUCUGUCAAGGCAGCUGGGAAAUGGACACCCUCCCAGGUAAAAGCGAAGAUAAGAAAUUAUAAUAUAUAAGACGAAGAUGUUCGCGAGGGAUUGUAGAUAUUUUUAUUUACCUAUAAUAUUUGUUUUUAACAAGACCGGUCAUUCAUGGCAGUAGGAGGCUGUGUUGGGAAUGCCAUUAGAGGCUAUGUUUAACCCUCACUUCCAAUCUGUCCUUAAUUAUCCAAUUUUCUUACUUACUAUUGAUCCCCAUGCAGUAUUAAUUUAUACCCAUGACGUUUGCAUGCAUUAUAAUAAUCAUUCUA